CCUGAACCUUUCAUUCAAAUUUCCAGACAAGGAAAUUUUGUAUCUCAGCAAUUGAAAUAAUUUUUGGUUUUUGUAUUUUUUUGUUAGAAGUUUCAGCUACAAGUAGUAAUGUUGUCUAUUCAUCUAAAUAGACAUCUUUUAGGAUUGAAAAAGAUUUUCGUUCCAACUAUAUCUUCCUGCUUUAGUACAACUUUGGAUAGGCAAAGUCCAUUGAAAAAUAUUACUGUGAUUGGUAGCGGCCUUAUGGGCUCAGGAAUUGCACAAGUUGCUGCCAGCACAGAUCAUAAUGUUGUAUUAGUUGAUCAAAGUGAUGAUAUUUUAGGAAAAGCAGUGAAGUCUAUUGAGAAAAGUCUCCAGAGAGUCGCAAAGAAAAAAUAUAAAGAUAACAUACAGGGUGGUGAAAAAUUUGUAAAUGACACAAUGUCACGGUUAAAAACUACAGUUGACAUGACUGAGGCAGUUAAGGAUUCAGAUCUUGUUGUUGAAGCCAUUAUUGAGAAUAUGGACAUCAAACACAAGCUUUUUACAGAGUUAGAUGAGAAAGCUCCCAGUCAUACUAUAUUUGCAUCAAAUACCUCAUCUUUAAGUAUUUCGGAAAUUGCUGAAGUAACUAAGCGAAAAGAUAAAUUUGGUGGAUUGCAUUUCUUUAAUCCUGUACCAAUGAUGGCUUUGGUGGAGGUGAUAAGACUUCCUGAUACAAGUGAUGGAACAUUUGAAAAGUUGAUGGAGUUCAGCAAAAAUUUGAAAAAAACUCCUGUAUCCUGCAAGGACACUCCUGGGUUUAUUGUGAAUCGUUUGUUGGUUCCAUACCUGAUGGAAGCAGUACGCCUGUAUGAAAGAGGUGAAGCAUCUAUGCAAGACAUUGAUAUCGCCAUGAAACUUGGUGCAGGAUAUCCCAUGGGACCUUUCGAGCUUAUCGACUACGUUGGAUUAGAUACGACCAAAUUUAUAAUUGACGGUUGGUAUACAAAGUAUCCGAACGAACCGCUUUUUCAACCAUCAGAGAAAGUGAAUCAGUUGGUAAGCGAAAAUAAACUUGGACGGAAAUCAGGAGAAGGAUUUUUUAAGUACGAGUAGGCUUUGUUGAUAAAGCUGGAUUAUCCUUGUAAGUUUUUUCAAUUUUGUUACGUUUGGAGGGGAAAUUGGGUAUGUGGUUUUUGCUACUUUCGGUGAAGAUAUAUGAAUGUUUUCAUUAAUUACUUUCAACUUGCUCUUGUGAAAUACAACUGACAAACUUUCAA